AUGACUCACACUGGCAUCUACGAGUUCGGAUCAUUGUCCAAGUCACACGAGCUGCAAAUAUCGGCUCGAGUGUCGUGUGCAAACCCUCAGUGGCCCCGGAUAAUACUUCAACCAGCAACGCGUCGCUUGGGCAACCUUUGUGGCCAACGCACACUCCAUUUGCAUUACGCCCGGACCGCACGCAGUAUGUCGCUCGCCUUUGUCACCUUGGAUGUCUUCACGACAGACGCCUUCCGAGGCAAUCCCCUGGCGGUCUGCCAAGUCCCCGCUGCUGUGACCAUUUCGCAGCAGCAGAAGCAGCUCAUCGCCCGCGAGUUCAACCUCAGCGAGACUGUCUUUCUUCAUGAGCAGACUCCGGCCGACAUUGAGGCCGGCGAGGCCCGGAUCGACAUCUUCACCCCAUUCGCGGAGCUGCCUUUUGCUGGCCAUCCCACCGUCGGCACCGCAAACUUGCUGCAGCACUACCUGAAAACCAGCACGGCCACGGCUCUCCGGGCCAAGGCCGGGCUCCUGCCGUUCGCCUCCGUGUCGGUGUCAGGUGGGACCGGGAUCCAGCUUGGCGUCGCGCACAACGUGCACAUCCAUGACAAGCCCUUCCGGGACCGGCCUUUUGGAGACUUGCCGGUAGUCAGCAUCGUCCGUGGCAUGACAUUCAUUCUCGCCCUGAAGCAGGAUCUUGCAGCCCUCGCCGAGCCGACCGAGGCCCUGCUCGGCUCGGCCAAGGUCUACGGGAGCGCCCACUUCCUCGACGAAGGGUGGCAGGUUGGACACAUCCCGACGUACUUCUACGUCGACAUGGGCCUCUCCGAGGACGGCAAGACGAGACUCCUGCGGACGCGGACCUGGUCGGUGCGGGAAGAUCCAGCGACGGGCAGCGCCGCCAGUGCCCUGUGUGCAUACCUCAGCCUGACAGAGCGAGAUGGGGGGCUGGUGCGGAAAUAUCACCUCACGCAGGGGGUGGAGAUGGGGCGGGAGAGCCACAUCUACGUCGAGGUCAAGCUCAAGGAGGGCGGCGAUGCCAUCUCGGAGGUGCUACUUUCCGGCUCAGCUGUCAAGGUGAUUGAGGGCAGAAUCCCAAUCCCACAAGCGUGA